AGACGUAGCCUAGUAGCUUCUCGUUCUUUCCUCUCUUUUCGCUCUCCCUCUCUGUCUCUGUCUCUCUCUCUCUCUCUCAUUCUAUCUUCCUUCGGUUUCAUCGUUGCUUCUCUCCCAUGCUCCUCUCCUCUCACCAUUAAAACCCACCCCUUCGAACUUUCUAGAACUAGAUCCUCUCUCUCCAUAUUCUCAGGCUAAAAACAUUCUCUAGUUUCUUUCUCUGUUUCUUUCUUUUUUUUUAGGUUUUAGUUUUGGCUUGUCUAAUUAGGUGGCUUUCAUAUGUCUCUGCCGGUGGAGCAAAACGGUGAGUCCACCAGCAGCGACUCUCAGAGAUCUCUACCUACGCCGUUUUUGACCAAAACGUAUCAGCUGGUCGACGAUCACACCAUAAACGAUGUUAUCUCAUGGAACGAUGACGGAUCCACCUUCAUCGUCUGGAACCCGACCGUUUUCGCCAAAGACUUGCUCCCUAAAUAUUUCAAGCACAACAAUUUCUCCAGUUUCGUCCGCCAGCUCAACACUUAUGGAUUUAGAAAAGUAGUUCCCGAUCGGUGGGAAUUCUCAAACGAAUGCUUUCGCCGUGGUGAGAAGCACCUUCUGCGCGAAAUUCAGCGCCGAAAGAUUACAUCACCUGCCGUCGCAGCUCCGGCGCCGUUGACGAUAGCUGCAGUUCUGACCGCGAAGCCGUUAACAUCGCCGUCAAAUUCCGGAGAAGAUCAAGUGAUGUCCACUAACUCCUCCUCAACAACGGCACCGGCCGAUCUCAUAGACGAGAACGAGAGGCUGAGGAAAGAGAACUUGCAGCUGAGCAAAGAGUUGGCGGGAGUGAAAUCGCUCUGCAACAAUAUCUUCUCUCUGAUGUCGAACUUCGCGAAUAAUAACCCAUCAGAGAGUGCCGAAAAACAGCUCGAUUUGCUGCCGGCUAAACGUUUCGCCGGCGAGGGGGUUACGGACGCUGAGACGAGCGCAAGGCUUUUCGGCGUGGCGAUCGGUGGGAAGAGAGCGAGGGAAAGCGACGGUGUUGCGGCUGAGCGCGAGACGGAGUUGAGGCUUCAGCAGCCUGGAGCCGGGGUGGCGAAACCAGAACCGGUUGAUUGUCAGAACGAUGUUGAUGAUCGAAAGUCAACCUGGAUGAACCACUGCCACUGGGAUAAUCGUAACAAUCAGAGCGUGUGUAAUUGAUUAGUUGUUGGCGGAGGUUGGGAGUUGUUAGAUUGGAUUAGCGGUGAAGCACUGGAUCCGAGUCUCUACGGAACAGGCAUGUGACGAAAUGGAUCACGUGCGUUGUCAACCCAAUGGGACCCAUUUCAAGAAGUUUCUUAGAACUUUUCUGCUCCACUCUUUUAAGAUUUUGUUUUUUGCACCCCCCCCCCCCCCCUUUUUUUAAUUUAAAAUGGAAAUAAUGCCUUAAUUUAUCCCCUGUUAUUUUAGACUUUUUAGUUGUUGCUCCGAAA